GUCUCUCUUCAGCGCAAUUUGUUUUGCAGACAAGCUCUGGUGGUUUCUUUGUUCAGGUGAAGGGUUUUGCUGUUGAAUCCCCAUAUCGCAUACAGCCUUUAGUCGGUCUUGAUAUUUCCUCUGUUGGAAGGCGGAGUGAGAAUAUUUCAUUGUAUAAUCCUUACAAUGAAGCCCUCUAUGUGGAGGAGAUAACUAUUUGGACGUCUGUUUCUUCGGGAGAUAAUACCCGUUAUGCAAAGGCAAUUUGUAAUGUAAGUAGAAGUAAAGAUUCAAACAGUAGUUUCAGCUUGCUCGGUGUUAAGGAGUGGUUGGAUAUCAAGGGUAGUGAGGUUGGUAUUCCUCUAAUUGCAAUUAGACCCCAUAGAAAUUGGGAAAUUGAUCCUCAGAAAACUGAGACCAUCAUAGAAUUAGAUUUCCCUAGUCAUACUGGGGGUGAGAUAUUUGGCGCCUUUUCUCUGCAGUUGCUUAGCUCUUCCAAAGGUAAAGCUGAUACAGUUGUUAUUCCUCUCAAAGCAGAACUGGACAAGACUUCAGCUUUUAGUGAGCUCACAGAUCCACUUUCUCUGUCUUUUGAGACUGUAGGACCAUGUGCUGCUGAUGGCACUAGUUUUGUAGCUCUGUCAGUGAGAAAUAAUUCUCCUUAUAUAUUGAGCAUUGUCAGGAUAAGUGAGACUGGAGAAAACACCAAGCAUUUUCGGAUCAGAUAUGUUGAGGGAUUGCUACUCUUUCCUCGCACUGUUACGCAGGUGGCUGUUGUCACUUACACUCCCCCAGCUGUUGAGUUGCUUGAUCCUCUGCUGCAAGGAGAGGAUCAAGCUCAUGAAAGGAGCAUGAACUGUAAAUUGCUAAUAACAACUAAUGAUUCGAGAACUUCUGACAUUGAAGUUGCUUGCCGUGAUGUAGUGAGACUUUGUUCAGGAGGUAAAUUUGACUCUUCUAUUGGUCAUGGAGAAUACUCUGACGAGGUAGAACUUGGAAAUUCAAGAACAAUGUCUAGCAGCAGCAUGCAUUCACCAUCAGAAAUCAAGGCCGUGGAUACAACAGUGGCAGAUGAGUUGGUAUUGAGGAACUGGAAAUCUCAAGCUACUGCAAAUGGCAUGUCAGUACUGGAUGAAAGUGAAAUUGUGUUUCCAGUGAUUCAGGUCGGAAGUCAUCAGUCUCAAUGGAUCACGGUAAAAAACCCAAGUCAAAAACCAAUCUUGGUUCAGCUUGUUCUGAACUCCUGGGAAAUUGUUGAUGAGUGCAAGACUUCAGGAAGCCAUUUGCAGCCUUCUCUAUCCAGUAGAAUAGUUGGCAAUUAUUCUAUUGCUCCUAGGAGAUAUGGUUUUUCGCUAGCUGAGAAUGCAGUAACUGAAGCUCUUCUUCACCCUUUUGGUAGAGCAUCAUUUGGUCCAAUUUUAUUUCAACCUGCAGCUCGAUGUCAGUGGAAAAGUUCAGCUUUGGUCAGGAACAGUCUUUCUGGCGUGGAGUGGUUACCUCUGAGAGGAUCUGGAGGGUUGCUUUCUUUGGUCUUGCUUGAUGAGUUUGAACCUGUACAGAACCUGGACUUCAAAUUAAACAUGCCAACCCCUCUUAAUCUCUCUUCUUCGAGUGUGUUAUAUAACAUGAAGGAUAAUUCUCAUGCGUGUUCUUUGUCAUUAUCAAAAGAGCUUCACGCAAAGAACGUGGGUGACUUUCCCCUGGAGGUCAAAAAAAUUGAAAUCUCUGGAACAAAGUGUGGAACAGAUGGGUUUGUAAUAAAUGGUUGUAAAGGUUUUUCUCUUGAACCUGAGGAGUCUAUAAAGCUUGUUAUAUCAUAUCAUACUGAUUUUUCCGUUGCUACUAUACAGAGAGAUCUGGAACUGACUUUGGCAACUGGCAUUCUUGUUAUACCUAUGAAAGCUAGUCUUCCUAUCUGUGUGCUUCAUUUCUGCAAGAAGUCUUUGUUCUGGAUGAAGGUGAAAAAAUUGCUGUUCACAAUUCUUCUCCUAGCUUCUUUAUUCUUUCUGGUUCUUUGGUGCAUCAUACCCCAAUUCGUGGCCUUUGGCUCCCAUGAGUGCUUGCCUAAGAGUGGUAAAAGCUAUAUUGCAUCUGCAGAUCAUGCUGGAAAACUGUCUUGCAUGCAUCCUAGUGACAAACAGAGUGGCAAGUUCGUCUUCUCUAAAUUGAACGGUUUGCUUAGAUCAAUUGGGGAAGGAUAUAACUGUUUAUCAAAUACCCAAAAGGGAUUGGAAGUGUCAACUUCUACGAAGUCUGUAGCAAUUCAGAGUGCUGAUACAAAUGCAACCUCCAAAAGCAGUAAUCUCACUGUCAAAAUUGGAAAAGAGAAAGGGAGGCGGCGAAAGAAGAAAAAGAAUUCUGCAACUGCUUUGGCUGGAGUUUUUGAAGUUUCAAGUAGUCAUAGUGGCAAUUCUACACCAUCGUCACCCUUGUCUCCUACCUCAAGUUCAACACCUAGCCGGCCAUCUCCACAGUCUACUGAUGUGGAUGGAUCUGCUAAGCUCAGCAAUCCCUUUGCUGAUGUUGGUAAUGAUCAAUGUAAAAAGAGUACACACUCCAAAUUUGCAUGUCAGAAGAAUGUAUCCGAGACAAAGGCGACAGUAACAUAUGGUGGCAAAAAUGCUUGUUUUCCUCGUCAAGAGAAGCCUACUGCACCAAAGAAAUUAGCUAGCAAACCUGUUCUGUUGCCUUCAGCAACCUUCCCUUCUGCUGAUAAAUCUGCUCCUCGCUUGAUGUGUCGUCAACCACUAUUGGCUUCAAGUUCUAUAAUUGCUCCACAUCUGCGAGCUCCUGGAUCUAAACCUCAAAAUCAGGUGGCAGUUAAAACUGAUGAAAAGAUGGGGUUGGAGGAAAAGUUUACUUAUGAUAUCUGGGGUGACCAUCUUUCCAAUCUUCCCCUUGUAGGUAGGUCAAAGGAGGUAUCGGAGAUGCCUCCGCAUGCUAUAGAGAACAGCUCCAGUAGCUUCUUUCUAAGGGGUCCACAGACCCUUAUUACCAACUACCAACAGACAACUGUAAGUUCUGACCGUGAAGGUUAAUGAAAAUUUAGUUAAAAUCUA